GGUGUCACUUUGAACGGCCGAAACCUCAACAUCGUGCAGACCGAGAGAUGUUCCUGAAGCUCGGCAAAAAGAGGGACUAUCUGUGGAGCUAUCUUUUCUGCAAUGCACCUGCAACACCAACAGAUGCAGAUUAUCUGCACCGUAAGGUGAUAGCGAUCCAGCAUCUACAAGGAUAUCACAACGCCAAAUGCGGUGCAAUUGAGAUAUUUCUGGGCCGAUGUGAACACUUGUGGUUUGAAAGGAAGCGAGACAAAAUUGAUGCCAAGGUUUACUACGAGGUAAUGGACGUUGGGGAGCAGUUUGACAUUAUGGACAGUGAGGAGGAGACAGAGGAUGAGGAGAUUGACCUGCCAUUGCCGGAUGCACAUCAAAAUGCAGUGAGAGACGAAACGCCUCCGCUGUCCGCUAUGGGUGAUGAACAAGCGAUGGAGGAAGAUGUUGGCGGCACUAUCGCGAGUACCAAGCCCGAUAAUGUGAUGCGUGGAACAACGCCGAAAACAGGUGGUGCAAUGGAAGGCAGCACAUCCAAGUGCGGCAUGAAGGAAGCUACCCCAAGAUUCGUUUCGCUGGUGAGGAGAGUUCGCAAUGACAUAGAAGGAGUGGCAGACGACGAGACUCAAAAUGUUGCACGUGCAGACAAGGAAUCGGUGGACGACCAAGAUGGGAUGGACAUAGACGAUGAUACCCUCUUUCACAUCCCGGACGACGUCCCCAAACAACUUGCACCGGUGUCAGGCGGCCACAAGUAUCAAGGCCUUGAGGGACACACAGGUGCAAGGAAGAAGAUCAAUUCAGCAGCAGCAGGAGKUGGUGGCGAGAGUGUGGCAGGCAAGGAAGGACAUCUUAGGAUGCAAAACGCAAUAGGAGAUGAGUUCAGUGAGCGGCCAUCGAGCACACCGCAACCAACACUUAGACCGUCAGAAGGCAUCAGUGCAGUGGGAGCCAGAAGUGAGACAACACCAACAGCAGGCGGGGAAGUUGUUGGUGAUGACGGGAAGGACGAAAAGAUUGAAGAGGACCAGCGACAAAAAGCAUCAGACGAAGAAGGGCCAAAAUUUCAGGCACAUGAGGUAGUGAAGGCGGUGCUAGGGAAUGUCGAUUCACAUUCCAAGCGGUCGCAAGGAACACACGAUACGACUGUCAUCACUGCACAGGCGCAAGGCACCGACGAAGACACAAGGGAGCAAAGUGCACAUGAGAAAGAUGGGGGGGAAGGACCAAUGCUUAUGGAAUGGACUGGUCCAGGAACGCAAAUAGUCUCGGAGUCAACCAUGGGAGAAAGGAGAGCUGACGUGGAGGGUGUCAGUGGGGCAGAGCAUGAAAAGGUUCCAAGCACGACAAACAGGGAGAGGGAGGAGGAAAAUGAGAAUGAAGAGGGGGCGAACAAGAGUCAGAGUGUGAUCAACUUGGUGGACCAGUCAGGUGAGAACGAAGAAACAUCUGACAAGGAAGAAGCGAAAGAGUCGGGAGAGGAGUCUCAAGAAAGAGAGCGUGAUUUGAGCGAAGCGAGUGAGGGAAUAUGCGGUAGAAAAAGAAAAGCAGGCAAGGAAAAAGAAGAAUGCAGAAUGCGACGUUCAAAAAGAGCCAGGGAGAAGAAAACACAGUACGACAUAUAAUGCUUGUGUGUACGUGAAUGUCAACUUGCAUUCACACUUGCCUGGGAUGUG